AUAAAAACGCUUUUCUAAAACACUGUUCUGUAGUUUAAGAUUGUAAACAAUUUGGGAGGCGAUGAGAGAGGCACUUCUCAAAGUGUGGGCAUUUUGUUGCGUCCUGGAGGUGGGGAAACAAGGUUGUUUACCAAGGUACAGUAAAGGCUAUCUCUCCCUGCUCCCCCUGCCAACUUUAUGGUAGCAUUUGCAAACGAUUCUCUUCUUGGGACUGAGGUGACAGGUAUCGUUUCUAACUCGGAAACUGUCCGCAGGCUUUCGGACACGGAGCUCUUUCCGCAACGAACUCGGGUUGCAUUAGGAGAGGAAGUUCUCCUUUUAAUUCUGCUUGAGAUUUUUCCGUGGCGGUGGCAGAGAGGCUUCAGUUGGAAGCCAUCGGUUAAAGAGAUGCUCAGUUUGCUGUAGCGGGUCGGGAAAGAGUUAAAGCAGAGGCUCCUUCCAGAGCGAGUGUAGCUGUGGCUCAUCGCUCCCGAUCCUUGAGAGGAAGAAUCCAGUCCGCACAUUCGCGGUGCUCCGAGUAGUCGGAUCUACUUUCUCCAGCUAAGGGUUUAUUCUUUCCUUCAUUCCUUCCCUCCUCUUCCCUUCUCCUCCUCUUCCCUUCUCCUCCUCCAGAGGCUCUCGCUUGGUGUUUGGGGGCGGAGGGAAGCCCUGCGAGCUGAAGUUCCGAGGCGCUUCGGGGGCUCGCAGAUCACCUUCCCAGCCCAAGCCCGCAAUGGGAGUUCGGGCAGGACUGGUUUAGACGAGCGCGCUCCACUUACUUGUCUUUCCUGAGGCUGCUAGGGAAGUAGCCUGGGAAGUGAAGUGUUGCUUGAUUUGGGAGAGUAAUAUGGCUGAUCUAAGGGAGUGCUGAGCAAUUUGCUUCUCUCCAUACGACGCUGAGCUUGGAUUUUAACAUGUUAAUAACUUCUUCCUUCGGAUAAUUGGCUUUGGCCUCGAUGCCAGCCCCUUCGUUUUUGCAAGAGGUUUUGUGAAAGGUUUUGGGGCUGUCGCUAAUGUUGUGCAGGCAGCAUUGGACGAUGGCCUCGAAGUAGAGGAAAACCUGCAGUGGAGGAUGAAGACAGCAUGGAUGGGUUGGAGGCAGCAGAAACAGAAAACACUGUGGAAACCGAAAUCAAAGAACAAUCUACAGAGGAGGAUACCCAAUCUGAAGUGGAUGGUGACAAGAAGCUAACGCCAGUUCUUCAGCGCUCAGUGUCUGAAGAAUCUGCAAGCUUCAUUGCCUCUGUUGGUGUUGAAGCAAAAACCAGCAGUGAACAGCUCUGCGCCUUUUGUUACUGUGGGGAACGAAGCUCUUUAGGACAAGGAGAACUUAAACAAUUCAGUCCAACACCAGGGUUUAUUGCUCCAUGGAACAUCCAGCCUUUAACUAAGAGUGAAACGGAUGACAGCAAUGGUGUCAUUUGUGAGAGUAAUCCAAGGCAGAACUCUGUCCUGCGCAAAUCAAGAGGACAGAAGAAAGAGAAGUCUCAUCAAUGUAUAACAUCCUGUACAACUAUAAGCACUCAAACUAUUCCUGAUGAUCAGGUAGUCAAAUUCUGGGAUGAACUCAGAAUGGUUGGCUUACCAGAUGACAUUGAUGUCCAAGCCUUAUUUGAGCCAACAGGUUACUGCUGGGCUCAUCACCGCUGUGCGGAAUGGUCACUGGGAGUUUGCCAGACUGAAGAGCAGCUGCCAGUCAACGUGGACAAAGCUGUUGUCUCAGGGAGCACAAAACGAUGUGCAUAUUGCAAGCACCUUGGAGCCACUAUCAAAUGCUGUGAAGAGAAAUGUACCCAGAUGUACCAUUACCCAUGUGCUGCUGGAGCAGGCACUUUUCAGGAUUUUAAUAACCUUACCCUUCUUUGCCCAGACCACAUUGACCAGGCUCCACAAAGAUCAAAAGAAGAAGCAAACUGUGCAGUCUGUGAUAGCCCUGGUGACCUCUUAGAUCAACUUUUUUGUACUACCUGUGGCCAGCAUUACCAUGGGAUAUGCCUGGAUAUACAAGUGACACCUCUAAAACGGGCAGGUUGGCAGUGCCCUGAUUGCAAAGUGUGUCAGAACUGCAAGCAUUCUGGAGAAGAUAACAAGAUGCUUGUAUGUGAUACAUGUGACAAAGGUUACCACACUUUUUGUUUACAACCAGUUAUGGAUUCUGUACCAACAAAUGGCUGGAAAUGCAAAAACUGCAGGAUAUGUGCAGAAUGUGGUACACGGACUAGUAGUCAGUGGCAUCACAACUGUCUUAUGUGUGAGAGCUGCUACCGUCAGCAAGACAACUUACCUUGUCCUAUCUGUGAAAAGUCCUCCUAUCCAGAAUUACAGAAAGACAAAUUGCACUGUCAUAUGUGCAAAAGGUGGAUUCACAUAGAAUGUGACAAACCGCCUGAUAAUGAACUGGAUGAGCAAUUAAAAGACUAUGUCUGCAGUCUUUGCAAACACUUGGAAGUAGAAGAGGAGCAUGCUCAGUCCUGUGAUAUCAUGGAGAUUGCCAAAGUUCAUCCUGAAACUGGCACAGAUGAAAUGGAAAUAGAAGAUGGUACAGAACAUGUGGCAGAUGAGGACCAAUUAGUAACCAAUAGUGGCUUUGCUGAAGAUACAGCUGUUAAGUGCAUCACAGAUGGUCUCUCAUUAAAUGAAAAGAAUGAAUUGGAAACACAAAUUUCUAAUCAUUUUGGUACCAAUGAAAUGGAACUGUCUCUUAAAAAAUCUCCUGCAUCUGAUGGUACUCACACUGAUACAAAGAUGGAAACAACAGAGAAUAUCCUAGACACAAUCCAGCAAGAGUCUGAAAAGCGAAAUGAAAUGAAACCAUCACAGGAAUGCAGUGAGUAUUUGGAAAUGUCCACAGAGGAAUCUCUGCCUCCACUUGUGACACCUGAAGAUAUAGCAAAGAUUCCUAAAAUGUUCGUCAUAGGCAAUCAAGACAGUACCUCUUGUAGACAGGAAGAGCAGUUAGAAGCAAGGGUGGUGCCCGAAGGUCCAAAUGGAGAUGAUACUCCUGAAAUUUGUGAAACAUCAUCUCUUCCUGCAAGUGAAAGUUGUGCCACUGACAGUUCACCAUUGGGAGACAAAUCUUUAAAGUCACCAGCUGAGGCAUUUUCUUCAUUUCCAUCAUCUGUUGAAAUAAACAAGACUAGUGUAUCUUCCUCACCAGCAGCCUCACUAGAGUUAGUCUCAUCACAUGAUAUGAUGCGUAGUCAGGCAUCAUUGCUAGAAUCCUCUGCAGCUCUUCCAACAACAUAUGUUUCACUCACUCCAAAAAUUGGAAUGGGAAAACCAGCAAUCACCAAAAGAAAGUUUUCUCCUGGGAGACCAAGGUCAAGACAGGGGGCUUGGAGUAGCCAUAAUACAGUGAGCCCACCUUCCUGGUCCCCAGAAAUUUCAGAAGGUCGGGAAACUUUUAAAUCCAGACAGCUACCUGGCAGUGCCAUAUGGAGCAUCAAAGUGGGUCGUGGAUCAGGGUUUCCUGGGAAGCGGAGACCACGUGGGGCAGGCCUUUCUGGAAGAGGUGGACGGGGGAGAUCAAAACUGAAAAAUGGAAUUGGAUCUGUUCUUACUCCAGGGGUCACAGAUACGGACAUUGCAUCUAACAAAGAUGAGGAGGAAAACUCAAUGCACAAUACUGUUGUCCUAUUUUCUAGCAGUGACAAGUUUACUUUGCAUCAGGAUAUGUGUGUUGUUUGUGGGAGUUUUGGACAAGGUGCGGAAGGCCGACUACUUGCCUGUUCUCAGUGUGGUCAGUGUUAUCAUCCAUACUGUGUCAGUAUUAAGAUUACAAAAGUGGUGCUCCACAAAGGUUGGCGGUGUCUGGAGUGUACAGUGUGCGAAGCCUGCGGGAAGGCUACAGAUCCAGGAAGGCUGCUUCUCUGUGAUGACUGCGACAUCAGCUAUCACACUUACUGCCUCGAUCCACCACUGCAGACAGUUCCCAAAGGAGGCUGGAAGUGCAAAUGGUGUGUUUGGUGCAGACACUGUGGAGCUACUUCUCCUGGUUUGAGAUGUGAAUGGCAAAAUAAUUAUACACAGUGUGCACCUUGUGCAAGUUUAUCUACCUGUCCAAUCUGCUGUUGCAAUUACAGCGAGGAAGAGCUCAUUCUGCAAUGCAGGCAGUGUGACAGAUGGAUGCACACAGUUUGUCAAAACUUAAACACAGAAGAAGAAGUGGAAAGCACAGCCGACUGUGGUUUUGACUGUACCAUGUGUAGGCCAUAUAUAUCACAAGCAAAUGUGACUUCCUCUGAAAGCUGUGAAUCAUCCGUUGCAGCCCAAAUUAUAACAAAAGCUAAAGAACUUGUUCAUGCAAAUUUCAUAGACCCACCGAAGACAUACACUCAGGAUGGAGUCUGUUUGACAGAAACGGGGAUGUCUCAGUUACAGAGCCUCAGUCCGGUUGUACCAAGAAGAAAACGGACAAAGCCAAAGCUCAAGUUGAAGAUUAUAAACCAGAAUAGUGUGGCUGUGCUCCAAACACCACCUGACAUCCAGUCAGAACAUUCAAGGGAUGGUGAGAUGGAUGACAGUAGAGAAGGAGAUCUCAUGGAUUGUGAAGUAAAAUCAGACACAAGCCCUGAAAGGGAACCUCCAGAUGAUGAUCCUAAGGGGGCAGAAGGAAAUGAGGGGAUAAAAAAGAGAAAAAGAAAGCCUUACAGACCUGGCAUUGGUGGAUUUAUGGUACGCCAGCGGAGUCGUACAGGACAGGGAAAAACAAAGAGAUCUCUCUCCAGGAAGGAUUCUUCCGGUUCUGUAUCUGAACAGAUUCCUUGCAGAGAUGAAAGUUGGAGUGAACAGCUACCAGAUACACCUGUUGAUGAAACUGUUUCUGAAAAUACAGAAAAAAUUAAAAAACGUUACAGAAAGAGGAAAAACAAACUUGAAGAGAUCUUCCCAGCAUACUUGCAGGAAGCUUUCUUUGGAAAAGAUCUUCUGGAUACCAGCAGGCAAAGUAAACCAAGUUUAGAUAAUUUAUGUGAAGAAAGCCUUAACAUUUCAAGCAAAACAAAUCUGAACACAAACUUCUUAGAUCCAUCUUCAGAUCCACUUCUUAGCUCAACAUCAACUCCAGUUCCACCAAAAUCUGGACCUCAAGGUACCCCUGAUGACCCAUUAGCUGCCCUUGUACUGAACACUGAUGAUGAUAUUCUUGGAAUUUUCUCUGAAGAUUUAGUGAAAUCUGGAGACCAUUCAGGUCUUGAUUUAUGCACUUUCCAGGUUGAGAACUCAUCUUCCCCUUUUGCUGGGCUAGAUAUCGGAGCCAUCUCUGAUGACCCCUCCUCUCUGCCUCUGCAAAGCAUUAACCAGAGUUCACGGCCAUUGAGUGAAGAACAGUUGGAUGGAAUCCUGAGCCCUGAGCUGGACAAGAUGGUCACAGAUGGUGCAAUUCUUGGUAAAUUGUACAAGAUUCCAGAACUGGGAGGAAAGGAUGUUGAAGAUCUGUUUACUGCUGUACUGAGUCCGGCAGCUACCCAGUCAGCUGCUUUGCCACAACCUCCACCACCACAGUUAAUGCACUUGCACAAUCAAGGAGAGAAUGCAUUUCCAAGAGUUCAACUUAUGAAUGGCCUCAUUGGACCAAAUCCCCAUCUCCCACAUACAUCUUUGGUUCCUGGAGGUGGAUUAGGCACUUUUUCUACUAUACCACAGUCACCUUACACAGACACUAGAGAUAAAAACACAGCUUUUAAUGCAGUAAUGGGAGAUCCAACCAAUUCUUGGGUUCCAUCUGCUACACCACUGGAAAAUGAAGGUGAUACUAUGUCUAACGCACAGAGAAGCACACUAAAAUGGGAAAAAGAGGAAGCACUUGGUGAAAUGGCAACUGUAGCACCUGUUUUGUACACCAAUAUUAAUUUUCCAAACUUAAAAGAGGAGUUCCCAGACUGGACUACAAGAGUGAAGCAGAUAGCUAAACUAUGGAGAAAAGCAAGCUCACAGGAAAGAGCUCCAUAUGUGCAAAAAGCAAGAGAUAAUAGAGCAGCCUUACGUAUCAACAAAGUGCAGAUGUCUAAUGAUUCCAUGAAAAGGCAGCAACAACAGGAUAGCAUUGAUCCAAGCUCUCGUAUCGACACUGAACUCUUUAAGGACCCAUUAAAACAGAGGGAAUCGGAGCAUGAGCAAGAAUGGAAAUUUAGACAGCAAAUGCGUCAGAAAAGUAAGCAACAAGCUAAAAUUGAAGCCACUCAGAAGCUUGAACAAGUGAAAAAUGAGCAGCAACAGCAGCAACUGCAACAACAACUUGGAUCACAGCAGCUGAUGAAUCAUUCAGGUUCGGACACACCUAGCAGUGGGAUGCAGAGUCCUCUGACCCCUCAGACUGGCAAUGGAAGCAUGUCUCCUGCACAACAGACAUCGUAUGCCAAGCAGUUGCCUAGCACUCCCAGCACUCCUACUUCUACUACUCCCUCUGAUGUGUUUCUGAAACCGCAGGCCCCACCUCCACCUACCACACAAAAUAGAAUGCCUGUUCCAGAUGCACAUGGUCAGCAGGGUUUUCCUCUUUGCUCCUCCACUAGACCAUCUUCUCCUGUUGACCCAUAUGCAAAAAUGGUGGGAACACCAAGGCCACCACCUGUUAACCAAAAUCCAAACUUCAUCCGAAGAAAUUCUGUGACAUCAGCAGAUAUCUGUCCACCCCCAUCACCCAUAUCCAGGCCAGCUCAGGUAACUGAAUCAACAGGAAGCCGACCAUCACCAGUUAGAGAAUCAUGUUCUUUGUCUCCAGUCAACAAUGACCCAUAUACAAAACCUCCAGAUACACCCAGACCUGUAAUGGGAACAGAACAGUUCUCCAAACCUUUAGGUGUAUCAAGAUCACCUCUAAUUGUAGAACAACCAGGGAAAGCUCCUUUAACAGUGGCAAACAGUGACCCAUUUGCUAAGCCACCUCUUAGAUCAGAUGCAUUUCAGAGACCUCGGAUGUCUCCUGCUGACUCCUAUGCACGGCCACCAUUGACUCCUGCUCCUGUUGCUGAAGGAAAUUCUGGUCCAUUCAAAACUCCAAUGCGCCCAACUCAGUCCCCACAAGAUCCUUACACAAAAAUGCCCCCAACUCCAAGACGCACCAGUGUGGAUCCUUACGAACGGCCUGUUUUGACUCCAAGACCUGUAGACAAUUUUUCACAUAACCCAGCCAAUGAUGCAUACACUCAGUCUCCUCUGACCCCCCACCCAGCAAUAAAAGAAUCUUUCCCCCAUCCACAAAGAACCGUGCGCAAUCAGAGUGAUUCAUUUACUCAGUCUGGAACUAUUUCAAGGGCAACUGCUCAGGACCCAUAUGCCCAGCCUCCGGGUACUCCUCGACCAGUCACGGACCCAUAUGCCCAGCCUCCGGGUACUCCUCGGCCAGUCACGGACCCAUAUGCCCAGCCUCCGGGUACUCCUCGGCCUGCCACUGUAGACCCAUAUCUGCAUCAGCCACCCACACCCAGACCUGCCCAGACAGCAGACUUAUUUGCUCAGGUUGCAGCUACGCAAAGGCAUUCUGAUCCAUAUGCUCAGCCUCCAGGCACACCUAGGCCAGUAGCUAAUGAUCCAUACACUCAACCACCAGCAACUCCAAGGCCUGGAAUUUCAGAAACUUUCAGCAGACCAGCUCUAAUGUCAAAUCGGGAUCCUUAUCUGCAGACAUCACAGAACAGGACUUUGUCUGGAACUUUUGUGAGGCCAUCAGACCCCUGUUCUCAGCCUUCAAAGCUGCCAGGACCUGCUGUGACAGAUUCUUUUAGCCAUCCGUCAACAGCCCCACCUUGUGACCCUUAUGAUCAGCCUCCACUGACUCCAAGGCCUCAGCCAGAAAGUUUUGGGUCUGCUCAGCAUCUACAUGAAAUUGCAGAGCAGCCAAGACCUGUAUCAGAGGGAAACUUUAAUGCAUCUGUAAACUCUUCAAUGAGCUUGCAAGGAAAGCAAUUUCCACAAACCACUCAAGUUCCUGGCCCAACACCAGCUUCAGGAACAACAAAUACACAGAAUGCAAUGUCUCAGGCAGAUGCAGAGAAACUAAGACAGCGCCAGAAAUUACGAGAAAUUAUUCUUCAGCAGCAGCAACAGAAGAAGAAUGCAACUCGUCAAGAGAAAACCCACGAGCCUUCCUCAGCAUCUCAUACAGGAUCUAUUCAGCCAUGGCAACAAGAAAAUCUGAGCCAGAUUUUUAACCGACCACCUCCUCCCUAUCCUGGAAACAUUAGGUCAUCUAUUGUUCCACCCAGUGGACUAAGAUUCACAGGUUUUUCUGCUGAUGGGCAGUUUAAUAGACCCCAGUAUCCAGGAGAUAUGGGGGGCAUGGGAAUGCGUCCUCAUGAAACUAGAUUUCGUUUUACUGGAGGUAGUCAUGGACCUCCCCCAUGUCAAGAACGCUUCCUUGGUCCACCACAACAAAUGCAACACCCUGGUGUUCCACCACAGCUCAGAAGAUCCAUGUCUGUAGAUAUGCCUAGACUACCUAACAAGCCACAAAUGGGUAACCCUGUUGGACUCUCACAGCAUUUUCCACCACAAGGUAUUCAGGUUCAGCAGCACAACAUAAUGGGGCAGGCAUUUAUUGAGCUCUGUCACAGAGCACCUGAAGCCAGACCAAGACUUCCUUUUAAUUCCUCAUCAACUGCUGUUUUGAACACAGUUCCCCAGCAUCAACAACAUGCAGGGUUUGUACCUAGGCAGGACUGUCAAGGACCGAGACACCUAGAGCCUGUGAGAUGUAAUUCUCAAAGCUUAAACAAUUCACUGCAUGUGUCAACAGGCUUGGAGCAUUUGCCGCCAUCUCAGCAAGACCCAGUGAAUCCCAACAAUCCUCCUGUGCUAGUUAUGUGUCCUUUAAGUCAUCCACCAGUUAAUGAUGCUUUUUCAGGAGGUCCUUUGCCAACUUCAACACAUGCUGAGGCAGCAGGUGAAUUACAAAUUCCCAACCAGCCCACUGACACCUUGGAAGAAAAACUUGACCCUGAUGAUCCUUCUGUGAAAGAUUUAGAUGUCAAAGACCUAGAUGGUGUUGAAGUUAAAGAUUUGGUUGAUGAAGAUCUUGAAAACCUAAAUCUAGACCCUGAUGGCAAAGGAGAUGAACUGGACACAUUAGAUAAUCUUGAAACCAAUGAUCGUCACCUUGAUGACCUUCUCAGAUCAGGAGAAUUUGAUAUAAUUGCCUACACUGAUCCAGAUCAUGAUUUGGGUGACAAAAAGGGGAUGUUUAAUGAGGAGCUGGAUCUUAAUGUCCCAAUUGAUGACAUACAAAGCAAGACAGAAGAUGCUCAGCAAAAACCUCAGCAGAAUGAGAAGGCUGCUGUUCCUUCAGAUGCACUUUCUCCUCAAAGAAAAACUGCUGAAAUGAAUGAGAUUAAAACAGAAGUGCUGUCUCCAAACACAUUAGAAGAAGCCAAAUCUGAAAAUGAACGAAGUGUUGGAGAUGUGGCAGCCUCAAAUACUCAGCAUUUGACUGAAGGAGAGCUGCAUGAUGGUGAAACAAAAUCUGCGCUGCUUUGUAAUGUGGAAAUAACUGACAAAACAAAUAUGAAUGAGGAAACCACUGUGUCGAGCCCAGAUGCUCUUCAGGGCCCUGCGCCAGCAUCUGUUCAAAGUAUAGCAAGUUCUUGCAAUAUUUCUGGGUCUACUCCAGUUCUAACGAGUUUACUAGCUAAUGAAAGUUCAGAAAAUUCUGAUGUUGGGCCUUUAGGCUCUCCACCUCACACACUGCCAACAGCACAAACAAACCCUGUUUCAAGUGUUCCACAAACUUUAAUUACAUCUGCUGGUCAAACCAUGGAAAAUGCAAUACAUAAUGUGAACAUGGUUCAAAAAAUAAGCCAUAACUUCUCACAAGGGACAGCAGUAAAUCCAGGCUUUAUCCCUGGCCAGCCAAUUAGUCAUAGCUUUGUGGCUGGGCAGCCUGGUAACCAAACUGUGCCUGUUGCAAGUCGACCUGGCCCUAGUGGUGUGCCGGUUCCCCAGCAGAUGAUGCAUACCCAGCAGCAAAAUCGCGAGAGGCCGCUUUUGCUUGAAGAACAGCCCCUUCUUCUGCAAGAUUUGUUGGAUCAGGAAAGGCAAGAGCAGCAGCAGCAGCGUCAAAUGCAAGCCAUGAUUCGCCAGCGUUCAGAGCCAUUUUUUCCUAACAUUGAUUUUGAUGCAAUCACUGAUCCUAUAAUGAAAGCAAAAAUGGUGGCUUUAAAAGGGAUCAAUAAAGUAAUGGCACAGAACAAUAUGGGGAUUCCACCAAUGGUCAUGAACAGAUUUGCCUUUAUGGGUCAAGCAGUUCCAGGAGCACCAACUGGUGAAGGCCAGAAUCUGAUACAGCAAGCAAUUACACAGGAUGGAAACCUAACACCUCAGAUUUCUAGGCCAAACCCUCCAAACUUUGGUCCUGGUUUUGGAAAUGAUUCACAUCGAAAGCAAUAUGAAGAAUGGCUGCAAGAAACACAGCAGCUUCUUCAAAUGCAGCAGAAGUUCCUUGAAGAGCAAAUUGGAGCACACAGAAAAUCAAAAAAAGCACUGUCUGCAAAACAGCGCACUGCAAAGAAAGCAGGCCGAGAAUUUCCGGAGGAAGAUGCAGAGCAGCUUAAGCAUGUUACUGAGCAGCAGAGUAUGGUUCAAAAGCAGCUUGAACAGAUACGAAAGCAGCAAAAAGAGCAUGCAGAGCUCAUUGAAGAAUAUCGAAUUAAGCAGCAGCAAUGUGGAAUGGGGCCCCAUGCGCUGAUGCCCGGCUUGCCUUCUCAGCCCCCAAUGCUUCCAGGAGGAUCACCACCAGCAGUGGGCCAGCAGAAUUUCCCCAUGGUUUCACAACAGCUUCAGCAUCAGCAGCAUGCCGUUGUGGUUCCUGGACAACCCAAUCCACCUAGGAUGCCAAGCCUGCCUGGAUGGCAGACCCCUAGUGCUACUCCAGUGCACAUCCCCCACAAUGCACCAAGGAUGCCACCUCCAAUGAUUCCAUUACCAGUUAAUCCCGUGACUCCCACUUCUGCAUCCGUUCCCAGCUCUAGUGUCCAGUCGGGGCCUCCACCACGUGUGGAGUUUGAUGACAACAACCCAUUCAGUGAAAGCUUUCAGGAGCGUGAGCGAAAGGAGCGUUUGCGAGAGCAGCAGGAGAGGCAGCGAAUCCAGCUUAUGCAGGAGGUGGAUCGGCAGAGAGCUUUACAGCAGCGGAUGGAAAUGGAGCAACAUGGCAGUGUGGGCUCAGAAUUAAAUAACAGGACUGCCUUGUCUCAGAUACCAUACUUUGGAUCCGAUAUACCUUGUGAUUUCAUGCGGCCUUCACGCCCUCUUCAACCGUCUCCACAACAUCAGCAGCAGCAUAUGGGGCCCAUGCUGCAGCAGGGACCUUUGAAUUCUCCACCUGCUGCCAACUUUCCACAGUGCAGUGAGCCAGUGGGAUCUUCCCCUUUUGGGCCUGACGCAACACCAGUUCCAGACGCAGGCUCUACUUUUCAUCCUGCCAAACAAUCACAUGGGAAUAUGCCUGGAGCCAGCUUUACACAAUACCAGGUCAGACCUCAGUUUGGCACAGGUUUGCCUUCAGUUUCUCCAGUAACAGGCAGUGGUCCUGCUUGUGGUCAGGACACCAGCAUGCCACACGGAACAAAUUUUCCUGGAACAAGUCAGUCUCUCAUUCAGUUGUAUUCUGAUAUCAUUCCAGAAGAAAAGGGUAAAAAGAAAAGGACAAGAAAAAAGAAGAAAGAUGAUGAUGCAGAAUCGAUAAAUGCACCAUCAACACCUCAUUCAGAUAUAACUGCACCCCCAACUCCAGUUGUUUCAGAUGCUGUCUCCACCCCAGCGGUUAGCACACCUGCUGAACUUGCACAUCAUCCAGGAGAAAUGGAGGCAGAGGAGCCGCCAGGCUCAUCAACUCCAACUGCUGCUGCAGAGAGUCAUUCUUCCUUAGAACUGAAAGGUCAGCUCUCCAGUAGUGAUUUGCCACAAAACAAAUUGCCUGAGCAAUCAAGCAUAAACCCGGAGACAGACAAGGUCAAGACAGAUGCUCCUGGGAGCCUUCAGGAAAUUAGACUGGAAAAGACAGAGGCUGAUCAUUUCUCUAGUCAAGCUGAGCCUAAGAUAGAGAGUCAACGUGAUAUUAAAGUAGAAGAGGAUAAAGCUACAAUACAGCCUGCUCCUUCCUCACAGAAUCAGGUGCAACCCACCAGCAAUCCAGCAGCAAAAGGGGAAUCAGGGAAUGAGCUCCUAAAACAUUUGCUUAAGAACAAAAAAUCUGCAUCUGUUCUCAGUCAGAAAUCAGAUCAUAGCUCCCAUUCCGAAGAGAAUGCUGAGGAGACCAAAUUCGUGAAUAAACGGGACCUGGUUGAAGGUGGCAUGCAACCUUUAGGGAAUCCAUUGCAGGGUACAUUUGGAUGUGGUAACAGCCAGAUUCAGAGAGCAGAUUUAGGACAUGAAAUGAAAAAACAGCGAAACAAACGAACUCAGAGGGCAGGUGAGAAAGCAACACCUCGGACUAAAAGGAGAAAAAAGGAGGAAGAAGAAAAGCAGGCUAUUUACCCUAAUGCGGAAACUUUUAUGCAGUUAAAACAGCAACUCUCUUUGCUGCCUCUAAUGGAACCACUAAUUGGAGUGAGUUUUGCCCACUUUCUUCCUUAUGGCAGUGGCCAUCUGAAUAGUGGAAGUCGCCUUAUGGGAAGCUUUGGUAGUGCUACGCUCGAAGGGGUAUCAGAUUACUAUUCUCAGCUAAUCUACAAGCAGAAUAACCUCAGCAAUCCUCCCACUCCUCCGGCCUCCCUCCCUCCCACACCACCACCUGUGACUUGUCAAAAAAUGGUAAAUGGAUUUGCCACCACAGAAGAACUGGCUACAAAGGCUGGGAUGCUGGGGGGGCAUGAUGUUACCAAAGCUCUAGGGCCGAAGCCGUUCCAGUUGCCCUUCAGAGCACAGGAUGACCUGUUAGCCCGAGCCAUGGCUCAGGGCCCCAAAAGCGUGGAUGUACCUGCUUCCCUUCCAACUCCACCUCAUAACAAUCAUGAAGAACUAAGGGUUCAGGAUCCCUGUGAUGGCCGAGACACUCCAGAUAGCUUUGUUCCUUCUUCCUCUCCUGAAAGUGUAAUGGGCAUGGAAAUAAGCAGGUACCCUGAUCUAUCCACUGUAAAGGAAGAGGCGCCAGAUCCCGUUCCAUCUCCUAUAAUUCCAAUCUUACCUACGAGUAUUGGAAAGGGUUCAGAAGCAAAAAGGAACUAUAUCAAAACAGAACCUGGCUUCUUUGGUGCUCAACUUGGGCCUUCCCAAAAUGGCCCUAAAUCUGGCCUGGUAUCCAUAGCCAUUACUUUGCACCCUACAGCUGCAGAGAAUAUUGGUAGUGUGGUGGCAGCAUUUUCCAACCUUCUGCAUGUCAGAAUUCCAAACAGUUACGAAGUGAGCAGUGUGUCAGAUGUUCCACUGUCUAUGGGAAUGAUGAACUCGCAUGGCGGAAAUCCAGCCUUUGAGUACAGGCAGCAGAUACUACUCCAUGGUCCACAGCCAGGCAGUGUCUGCCCCCCUGGACUAACAGGGCCUUACGGACUCAAGCAGCAUCAUGCCGCAUUUCCCCCAAGUGGCAGCGUUUUGGCAGGCUGCAAAGGACACAGCCCAAACGUCACGGAUGGUUCAGCGCUGAGGCCACAGUGGUGUUCUCAUUGUAAAGUAGUAGUUCUGGGCAGUGGAGUACGGAAGUCUUUCAAGGAUCUACCUUUCUUGAAACAGGAUUCCAGAGAGCAGUCUGCGAGGGAGGUGGUCUUCUGUAGCAACAAUUGUUUUGUUCUUUAUUCUGCAUCCAUGCAAGCAAAAAACUCAGAGAGCAAGGAAUCAAUUUCUUCCUUAACACAGUUUCCAAUGAAGGAGACGCCACCCAAAGUGUUCCAUCAGUAUAACAACAACAUAUCUACAUUAGAUGUGCGUUGCCUCCCUCAGCUACAGGAAGAAGUUUCUCCACCUACAUCGCCCCUUAUCUCCUUCCCUCCUGCUUUUGAAGCAGCCAGAGUGGAGCCAAAACCAGAUGAGCUUAAGGUAACGGUGAAAUUGAAACCUCGCCUGAGAACAAUCCCUAAUGGUCUUGAUGAAUGCCGACCAGUAAGUAAAAAAUGGAAAGGAAUGAAAUGGAAAAAAUGGAGCAUACAGAUUGUGAUUCCUAAAGGAACAUUCAAACCUCCUUGUGAUGAGGAGAUAGACGAGUUCCUCAAGAAACUGGGCACGACCAUUAAACCGGAUUUGGUACCGAAGGACUACCGAAAAUGUUGCUUCUGUCAUGAGGAGGGUGAUGGGCUAACGGACGGACCAGCAAGACUCCUUAAUCUUGACUUAGACCUUUGGGUCCAUCUGAAUUGUGCUCUUUGGUCUACUGAGGUCUACGAGACACAGGCUGGUGCCUUAAUAAAUGUGGAACUAGCUCUGCGACGGGGGUUGCAGAUGAAAUGCAUGUUCUGUCACAAGAUGGGCGCUACCAGCGGUUGUCACAGGUUAAGGUGCACCAAUAUAUAUCACUUUACCUGUGCUAUUAAAGCACAAUGCAUGUUUUUUAAAGACAAGACUAUGCUUUGCCCAAUGCACAAACCAAAGGGUGCUCAUGAGCAAGAACUCAGUUAUUUUGCCGUCUUCAGGCGGGUUUACGUUCAGCGUGAUGAAGUCCGACAGAUUGCUAGCAUAGUACAGCGGGGGGACCGUGAGCACACCUUCCGAGUGGGCAGCCUCAUCUUCCACACCAUUGGCCAGCUGCUGCCACACCAGAUGCAGGCCUUCCAUUCUUCAAAGGUGCUCUAUCCUGUUGGUUAUGAGGCCAGCCGGUUGUAUUGGAGUACACGGUAUGCCAACCGCAGAUGUCGCUACUUGUGUUCCAUUGAGGAGAAGGAUGGUCUGCCCCUGUUCGUGAUCCGGAUCAUUGAGCAAGGCCAUGAAGAUCUGGUUCUUACAGAUUCAACCCCAAAAGGUGUUUGGGAUAAAAUCCUGGAGCCUGUUGCUUCUGUAAGGAAGAGCUCUGAGAUGCUCCAGCUCUUCACUGCCUAUUUGAAGGGUGAAGAUCUUUUUGGAUUGACAGUCUCUGCGGUGGCCAGGAUAGCUGAAUCGCUUCCUGGGGUUGAGGCGUGUGAGCAUUACACCUUCCGUUAUGGCCGGAACCCGCUCAUGGAGCUCCCUCUUGCAAUCAACCCCACAGGCUGUGCCCGCUCUGAGCCGAAAAUGAGCAGCCAUGUCAAGAGGUUUGUGUUAAGGCCUCAUACCUUGAAUAGCACCAGCACUUCAAAGUCAUUUCAGAGCACAGUUACAGGAGAACUGAAUGCACCUUACAGUAAACAGUUUGUUCAUUCAAAGUCCUCUCAAUACCGAAAAAUGAAGACUGAAUGGAAGUCCAAUGUCUAUUUGGCACGGUCACGUAUUCAGGGCCUGGGCUUAUAUGCUGCUAGAGACAUUGAAAAGCACACCAUGGUCAUUGAAUAUAUUGGAACCAUCAUUCGCAAUGAGGUAGCCAACAGGAAAGAGAAGCUUUAUGAAUCUCAGAAUCGCGGAGUGUACAUGUUUCGCAUUGACAAUGAUCAUGUCAUCGAUGCUACACUGACAGGUGGUCCUGCAAGGUAUAUUAACCAUUCCUGUGCACCGAACUGUGUAGCUGAAGUAGUAACCUUUGAAAGGGGACAUAAAAUCAUCAUCAGUUCAAGCAGGCGGAUCCAAAAGGGGGAAGAGCUCUGUUACGACUAUAAGUUUGAUUUUGAAGAUGACCAGCACAAGAUUCCAUGUCACUGUGGAGCUGUAAACUGCCGAAAAUGGAUGAAUUAGAUGCAUUCCUUGCUGUUUCCGAGGGUUGCUUGUCCUAAGGAAGAAGUGAUUUGGAGUUUAUUGAUCUGCAGGGUGGGGGUGGGGGUACGUGAAAGCAGUCACUUCGGUGAGGUGUAUAUUCUUCUCCAGUGUAAAGCAAGCAGCCAGAAGCAAGUUGGCAGAACAAGAGAAUUGUUGCCUGACUUCCCAGGCACACAGAGGUGAAACUGAUCUCCAGACCGGUCCAGCACUUUUGAUUUAAUGAACUCACUAAGGAGAAAUCGUUGAACUUGGGCAGAGAAGCUGUGGCUGACCUGCCAAAGGGCAGUGGGGCAUCAAUGAAUGUAGACUGAAAUCACCAGCGAAAGGGAGACGUCCAAAGUGCUGGCCACAGCCUUACUUAUUAAAGGGGCAGGCCCUCUAAAAUACAGAAAAAAUAAAAGUAGACACCACUGAACAAGGAAUGUACUGAAAUGACUUCCUUAGGGAUAGAGCUAAGGGAAAAAUAACUUGCACUAAAAUACAUUUAAAAUACUUGAUUCCAUGAGUCAGUUUAUUGUAGUUUUUGAUUUCUGUAAAAUAAGAGAAACUUUUUGUAUUUAUUAUUGAAAUAAGUGAAUGAAGCUAUUUUUAAAAGGAAAAGUUAGAAGCCAAGCUGCUGCUGUUACCUGCAGAACUAACAAACCCUGUUACUUUGUACAAAAAUGUAAAUAUUUUGAGAAAAAGUACAGUAUAAAAAAUAGUAAUUGACCAAAUGCUACCAGACUCUGCAGCAGUUCGGGUGCUUAUUAUUAAACUUUGAUAGGGAUGUUACAAUAUGAUCUCUUGUAUUAUUAAACAUGCCAUUACAAUUGCUUAUGGAAUAACCAAAAUCUCAAUUUAAGAGAGGUUUUACUUUAUUUUUUUAAUCUUUAAAGCAGGCCCAAUUGUGCUCGAUUAAUAACUUUUUUAAGUAACCCUUAAGACUGGUAGAGGGCAUGUAUAUUACAACUAUGACUUUUGUAGAUGUCUGAGGAAGUUUAGACUGGCUUACUUUAUUUGCAUUAUAUUGUUACAUCCCUAUUUCUUAAAUCAGGUUUUUUGUGCUUAGAAUUUGUGAUAACUGUGAAUAAUUGCUAAAACCACCCAAAACAGAAGCUGAACAUUGAUUUUCUUUUCCAGCAAAAGUAGCGGAGAUUAUAUGAACUGUUCAGCUUACACUAAAAUCAUGUAAUGAACAUAGAAACGUGUAGUGAGAGCGUAAGUCUAAUACAAUAGCUGCCUUCUUAUAAGUAAAAACAAGGAAAAAAUUAGAUGUAAUUGUGCUUUCAGCUGCAGGACUCUGGCAAUAGGGUUUUGGAAAAUGUAAUUUAAAAAUGUGUUUGUAUUGAUUGUUUUGUUUACAUUUCUUUAAAAAAAAUAAACACUGUUUGUGUUUGCUUGUAGAAACCUAAUCAACAUUUUGAACCAGGUUAGUUUUUUAUUUUGUACUUUAAAUUCUGGUACUGACACUUCACAGUCUAAAUAUUAAAAGAAAAAUGAAGUUUUUUUGUGUGCACAGCUAAAGUGGACUGUAAAACUGUUGGUAUAUUCAGUGAUACAGUUCUGAACUUGUAAUGUAUAUGGCAUGAUGUAUUUUUAUCUUACAGAAUAAAUCAAUUGUAUAUAUUUUUCUCUUGAUAAAUAGCUGUAUGAAAUUUGUUUCUUGAAUAUUUUUCUUCUCUUGUACAAUAUUCCAACAUCCUACCAGUAUUUGUCUUACAGGUUUUUUUCUGUUCUGUAAAAUAGUUAUCUAAUGUUGGCAAAAAAUGAAUUUUUGAAGUAUACAGAGUGUUAUGGGCUUUGAAAUUUGUGGAAACAGAUUUAGAAGAUCAGCAUUUACAAAUAAAAUAUUUUACAUCUAUAAA